CCGCCGCCGCCGCCGGCGAGCCCCAUGGUGCGGGAGGGCGGCAUGGCCCGCACCCCGUGCAGCUCCACGCAGGACAUCCAGAUGGACGUGCUGGACAACGCCGCCCUCCAGGGCAAGUACAGCAAGCGGAAGAGCCGCUUCAAGCGCUCGGACGGCAGCACCUCGUCUGACACGACGUCCAACAGCUUCGUCCGGCAGGGCUCGGCGGAGUCCUACACCAGCCGCCCCUCGGACUCGGAUGUGUCACUGGAGGAGGACCGCGAGGCGCUGCGCAAGGAGGCCGAGCGCCAGGCGCUGGCGCAGCUGGAGAAAGCCAAGACGAAGCCGGUGGCAUUUGCCGUGCGGACGAAUGUCGGCUACAACCCCUCCGCCGGCGACGACGUGCCCGUGCAGGGCAUGGCCAUCUGCUUCGAGCCCAAAGACUUCCUGCACAUCAAGGAGAAGUACAACAACGACUGGUGGAUCGGGCGCCUGGUGAAGGAGGGCUGCGAGGUCGGCUUCAUCCCCAGCCCUGUGAAGCUGGAAAACAUGCGGCUGCUGCAGGAGCAGAAGAUGAGGCAGAACCGCCUGAGCUCGAGCAAAUCGGGAGACAACUCCAGCUCCAGCUUGGGCGACGUGGUGACGGGGACCCGCCGGCCCACCCCGCCGGCCAGCGGUGCCCUGGACAUGCCUAGCUUUGCCUUUGACCCCGAUGAGUUAGAGGAGGAGGAGGAGGCCGUGGAGACCCACCGCUCCCCUAAGAGUAGCGUGAGCAGUGUCACCACCCCCCCCGCCCACACCAAGCGCAUCCCCUUCUUUAGGAAGGCCGAGCACGUGCCCCCGUACGACGUGGUGCCCUCCAUGCGGCCCAUCAUCCUGGUGGGACCGUCGCUGAAGGGCUACGAGGUCACCGACAUGAUGCAGAAGGCCCUCUUCGACUUCCUGAAGCACCGCUUCGACGGCAGGAUCUCCAUCACGCGGGUGACGGCCGACAUCUCCCUGGCCAAACGCUCCGUCCUGAACAACCCCAGCAAACACACCAUCAUCGAGCGCUCCAGCACGCGCUCCAGCCUGGCCGAGGUCCAGAGUGAGACUGAGCGCAUCUUUGAGUUGGCCCGGACACUGCAGUUGGUGGCCUUGGAUGCUGACACCAUCAACCACCCCGCCCAGCUGGCCAAGACUUCCUUGGCCCCCAUCAUUGUCUACAUCAAAAUCACGUCCCCCAAGGUGCUCCAGCGGCUUGUGAAAUCCCGGGGCAAGUCCCAGGCGAAGCACCUCAAUGUGCAGAUGGUGGCAUCAGACAAGCUGGCGCAGUGCCCGCCGGAGAUGUUCGACAUCAUCCUGGAUGAGAACCAAUUGGAGGACGCCUGCGAGCACCUGGCGGAGUACCUGGAAGCCUAUUGGAAGGCCACGCACCCGCCCAGCAGCAACCCGCCCAAUCCGCUGCUGAACCGCACCAUGGCCACGGCGGCGCUGGCCGCCAGCCCGGCCCCCGUCUCCAACCUCCAGGUACAGGUGCUGACCUCGCUGCGGAGGAACCUGGGCCUGUGGGGCCGCGGGGGCGGCGAGCCCACCCCCAGCCCCCCCGGCCUCCUCGAGGAGCACGCGCUGUGAGCCGGGCCAGGGCCCCUGCGGGCCUGUGCCCUCCACGUUUGGGGCUGUCUCUGGCAUCGGGGCCACCCUGGGGACCUACACCCUGCCCCAGGGCGUGGGGCCACCUCGAGGACCUGCAUCUCCAGGAUUGGGGCUGCUCUGGGGACCUGCAGCUCUCCAGGGUUUGGGGCCAUCCCAGGGCACUGCACCCUGCCCCUGGGAUUGGAGCCACCACAAGGAUCUGCACCCUUCUGGGAUCGGGGCCACCCUGGGGACCUGCCGCUCCCCAGGGUUCCAGGCCACCCUAGGGACCUGCAGCUCCCAGGGAUUGGGGCCACCUUGGGGACCUGCAGUUCCCCAGAGAUCAGGGCCACCUCAGGGACCUGUAGCUCCCCAGGGUUUGGGGCCAUCCCAGGGGACUGCGUCCUGCUCCAGGGAUCAGGGCCAUCCCUAAGAUUGGAGCUACCACAGGGAUCUUUGACCUCCUGCGAUCAGGGCCACCUGAGGGAUCUGCAGCUCCCCAUGGAUUGUGGCUACCCCAGGGGUCUCCAGCUCCCCAGGGAUCAGGGCCACUUUGGGAGCCUGCACCCUGCCCCAGGGGUCAGGGCCAUCCGUGGGAUUGGGGCCACUGCAGGGAUCUGCACCCUCCUGGGCCUGGGACCACCCCAGGGACCUGCACACUGCUCCAGUCUUUUGGGCUAUCCCUAGGAUUGUCCUGGCAAUCUGCUCCCCUCUCCCUGGAUUGCGCCCUCCAAAGGAUGUGCCCUCUGAGAUGAGGGCCAUCCUUGGGACAGGGGCCACCCCUGGGGACCUGCUCCUCAUCCUGGGGUUGGGGCCAAGCCCAGAAUCAGGCCCCCAUGGAAUCAGGGCUCUCUGAGCAUCUGUGCCUGCCUCCCCCAGGAUUGGGGCCCCCCCUGGGGAUUGAGAUCCCUCAGGGGCCUGCAUCCUCCGUGGUCCCCCACACUACGCUUCCCUGGGGGCUGCCAGGGUCCCCCCACUGCCCCGGCUCACCCCGGCUCGGGGCAGACGGGACCCCGGCCCGUUUCUUUGCACGCUGCUCAGCGCGGACGCCGGGCACUCCGGGAAGCCGGGCGGCCGCGGCAGCAAGGGCUUCGGGGCCCUCCUGGUGCUGGGUGAGGACAGGCUGGGACGAGGGGUGGCCGCGGACCCAGCUGGUUGCUGCUGCUCCUUUGCAAGUGUGGGGUGACUCACGACAGCCCCGUUCCGGGUCCCGGCUCCCCCUGGCCGGCUCCGCUCUGCUCCAGCCCCGUGAACCUCCCUGGCUUUGUGCCUCUGUCUCCUGGGCGUGGGGUGGGACAGGAGCGUCUCCCCCCAGCAGUGCCCCGCAGCGGGAGGGCUGGCUGGAGAGGCCCUGCCCCAGCCUGGGGUGCACGUGGCGCUCGCCCCGGGGCACGGGGCAGGGGGGACAUGUGUGUCCUGUGUUGUCUGUUGCUAGUUCUUCCAGCGAGGGGGACGCUGCUGGUGUCGGCCCUGACCCUGCAGCCCCCCCUGCCCUGCUCUUCCACCCCAUGCAACCCCCUCCGUUCCCCCUUUGCUCCGUUCCUGCUCUCACCCUGCUCUGGCAAAACCCCCGGAGCCGAAUCGCGGCAGGCAGAGGUUUGCCGGCGGUGCCGGGCUGGCAGGCCGGGCCGGGCAGCGCGCAUGCGCCCCGCUGCCGGCUCCGCGGUGCGUGGGUCUAACCCGGCGUGGCCACUAACCCGUCUGUCCUGGCAUGGUGUGGUGCUUCUCCUAACCAGGGACCGUACCUAGUGCACGGGGAGCCGCCGCGCGAGGGGGAGCACGGCAGCCUCCACCAGCA